AUGGAAGUCACAGCCCUUCCAACCCUCCUCCAGCUGCUCUCGGCCCUGACCCUGACCCAGACGUGGGCGGGCUCCCACUCCAUGAGGUAUCUCUUCACCACCGUGUCCCGGCCCGGCCGCGGGGAGCCCCGCUUCAUCGCCGUCGGCUACGUGGAUGACACGCAGUUCGUGCGGUUCGACAGAGACGACAAGAAUCCGAGGGUGGAGCCGCGGGCGCCCUGGGUGGAGUGGGAGGGGCCGGAGUAUUUGGACUAUCUGACAGAGGGCGCCAACCGCCGCGCACAGAUUGACCGAGCUAACCUGCAGACACUGCUCGGCUAUUACAACCAGAGCCAGGACGGGUCUCACACCAUCCUGUUGAUGUUCGGCUGCGACGUGGGGCCGGACGGGCGUCUCCUCCGCGGGUACUUGCAGUCCGCCUACGACGGCACAGACUACAUCGCCCUGAACCAGGACCUGCGCUCCUGGACUGCUGCGGACACUGCGGCUCAGAUAACCCAGCGCAAGUGGGAGGCGGCGGACGUGGCAGAGCAGAUCCGGGCCUCCCUGGGAGCCGAGUGCGUGGAGCCGCUAGGCAGACACCUAGAGAAGGGAAAGGACACGCAGCAGAGUGCGGAUCCCCCAAAGACUCGUGUGACCCACCACCCCACCUCUGACCAUGAGGCCACCCUGAGGUGCUGGGCCCUGAGCUUCUACCCUGCGGAGAUCACACUGACCUGGCAGCGGGAUGGGGAGGACCAGAUCCAGGACAUAGAGUUUAUAGAAACCAGGCCUUCAGGGGACAACAGAACUUUCCAGAAGUGGGUGGCUGUGGUGGUGCUUCCUGGAGAGGAGCAGAGAUAUACGUGCCAUGUGCAGCAUGAGGGGCUGCAGGAGCCCCUCACCCUGAGAUGGGAGCCAUCUUCCCAGCCCAGCAUGCCCAUGGUGAGCAUUGUUGCUGGCCUGCUUCUCCUUGGAGCUUUGCUCACUGGAGCUGUGGUCGCUGCUGUGAUGUGGAGGAAGAAGAGCUCAGGUACAGAAGCAGUGAGAGGUGGAAAUGGAGGGAGGUACACUCAGGCUGCAAGUAAGUAUGGGGUUGGUGAUCUGUGAGGCCUUUGGGAUAGUGUAGA